CUUGAAGAGAUCAAUACGUGGCCGGCGUUCAGUCAACGCAGCAAUGGCGUUACACACGGCGACGUGGCCGUCCGAUUUAAAAAAGAUUCUGUUUAGAAAAUCGAGGAACUCUAGACCACGGGUCAGCUGAUAACAGUACCUCUGCUACUACACUGUUUCUAUGUAGCACACUACCUUAAUCCUUCAUUGUGAAAGUGCCUUAACACCUCAGGAUUUAUUCUUUUUCUACUUAAUUUCUUUUUAUAUUUUUCCCCAUUAGGAAAACUAUGGCGUUUUUAGAAAAGAUAUUACAUGUUGUAUGUCUUGGAAUUUACGUUUUUGUGUUUAGCACUUUCAUUCGUAACGGAGAGGAAAAUUUGAAAUCGACUGAUCCUGAUGUGAAAAUUAUAGGGGAGCUGAAUUAUCGGUUCUUGACAAACUGGACUUAUGGCAUGCAACUUCUAUACUACUUCUUGAUAGUAUUUUCACAUCUAAUAGGUGUAGUACCUGCGCUGGGCAAAAUAAGCAACAAAGUGAGAAAUCUUGCUGAUAUUUUGUUUGCGACAAUAGUGAUACCAUUUGGAUUGACUGUUACGAUUAGUUUUUGGAGUUUAUAUGCCAUUGACAGAGAACUAAUUUAUCCAAGUUGGAUAGACAAAGUGAUACCAUUAUGGAUGAACCAUGCUUUGCAUACUUUCAACUCAGUUCUUCCCCUUAUUGACAUGGUGCUUUGUAACCACAAAUUCCCAUCAUGGUCGCUGUCUUCAAUAUGCAUUCUACUCUACUCGUUGGCUUAUGCAGUAUGCUUCUUUGGAACUUACUACACGCAUGGGCGGUGGUUAUACCCAAUGUUUCACAAACUCAGCAAUGCUGAAAUUGGCUACUACUCAUUAGGAAACACAGCACUUGUGUUUCUGCUUCACGCAAUGGCCAGAGGUUUUAACCACUUGAUUUGGGGUUCGUCGACAGUGUCAAAGAAAACAACCGGAAAACAAUCGAAGAAAAGCAAGCAAAAAACGAAAAAAGUUGCCUAGUACUACUUAAAUUUUAUAUAUGAAUUUAUAAAAUCUUUGUGAUAUUAAAACUUAUUUAAUUGUU